UGGGCUAGAACAUGAACUCCAUCAGCAUGAACGAAAGUCGCGAGCGAAUUCGACGAGAGAGGGAGAGAGAGAAGAACACAUACACCUCUCCCCGUCUAGCGCUCCGUCGAGUGCUGCUAUUGGCGGAAGGCCGGCAGUUCCGGGAAGCGGCAGCCAUCUUGUCGAGACUCGGCCCGGGAGUAUUGCAAAGUGUAGCUUCUGAAUUACCGAUUGAUUUGUUAAUAGAAGCUUUGCCACAUUCAGCGCAUCUUAUUGAAACUCUUCUAAAUAGGCUCAUAUCCCUAGAAAUAUCACCCCGUCCAGAGCUACAAUGCGACUCAGUGGCCUGGAGACUGGUUGGUCUGCUCGGAGGGGAACAAGGCACUGGCCUCCGAGGCAGGACCAGUCGACUGGCGUCAGUACUGGUACAAUACUCGCCUGAGGCGAGAGACACUGUGGAUAGUAGACGGCGACAGCUGGAUGCUGCUGUGCAAGGUCUAGGCACACACGGCUUGACUGCGGACUCAUCAGGCACACUGAUUUCUCUGCACGUGGCCAUGAAGAACGAACUGCAGCGGCAUGUCGACGUGUACAAACAGGCGCUGCACAAACUGGAGGAGCUGUCACCAAUAACCAUCAACCAAGAGCCCGCGUCGUCGUCCCACCAGCGGCUGCUCGCGCUCUCGCACGCGGACGUCGAGCGGCGACUUAUCGACAACAAGUCGCUCCUCACUAUUGUCGAUAAGCCCGCGCUUCGACAGCUGCCGACCCUCGUCGCAUCACUAGCGGCGAGGGUGGAGAGCGAUAAGGCGGUGCUGGCCUGUGUGGGACAGAUUAAGAGGAGCGACCCCACCUUGGAUCUGAGUGAUACGAGACCAGUAGCCGGUGUGCUAAUGAGCUACUCCCGGGGGUGUGCGGCGGUGCUCUCACAGAUGAGCGCCCCGCCGCCGCCCCCGGACGCGCCACGAUCGCCCACCGACUCAGCCAGUGAUGGGUAUCACUCUGAUAGCGAUGAUACUAGCCACCAUCCUGAUAGAAACAAGCUAGUAUCCCAAUACGCGGCGGUUUGGUCGUUCGCGAUGGAAGAGACUCUACCAGCGCUGUCUGCUUUGGAGGAAUUGAAACAGACUCCACAAUUGAAGUACAAGAUUGUCUUCUCUGUUGUUGUGCUCUCCUUCCGCGCAGCGAUAAGUCUCCGCGACCGUCGUAUAGCGGAAGUGAAAUCUCUCCUCGGCUGUGAGAGUGAGAGUGAGAGUGAGUCCGUAUCUGGUUUCGUGACAGCUGCCAUGAGAUUGUUGCGGUCCACGGCACACAGCUUCCCGUUGGGAGACGCUGAAAGAACUGUUAUUAAUCAGGUGGUAAAAACUCUCAGCGAGUACCGCAGUCUAAGUUCAUGCGGUGCGCUACACGCGCUGGUCGCGCGCGCGGCGCGGGCCGCUUGGACACUCUCCCUGCACGCACCGCCGCUGCGCAUCGAUACUGACUUCACACCCGUGGUAAUGAACCCAGAGAAGCACGUGCGCUACAGCGGCGCGGAUCGUCGCUCCGAUCUGAUCAAGUCGUUCGUGUGGCCCGCACUGCUUGAUACCAAGCAGUGUGUGUUUAGAGCCGUGGUGCUCACUUAGUGUUGCAAGAUAGUUAUAGAAGAGAAAAGAGGAAAAACAGAAGAAUAAAAACAACAAUAAAAUUCUAAUUACCAUUACUGUGGUAAAUAAUCCCAACAAGCAAUACACAUUGAGACAAAGUGAGGAAGAAACAAAAACAGAAGAACAUGAUGAAAAUACAAAA